ACGAUCAAAAAAUAUUUCUUCAUAAAAAAAUCAAUAAGGUUAACAAAAAAACCUUAAUUCCACACUCAUUUCUUCGUACAAAAUCAAAAGUUAACAGAAAAAUCAAAAUGAAAUUCAAGCUUUUCUACCUUUUCUUCAUCUUGGCCAUUUUUGCUGCUGCUACUUUUGCACUUGACGAUCAUUUGGUAAAACGUCAAGAGAAAGAUGAAAAAGGAGAUGUUGAAGCAAAACUUUUGCCCGCUAUUAUUAUCAAUCUUGCUAGAAGAUUUGGCGCUUCUCUUGUUGCAAAGUGUCGCGCUAACUCUUGUCGUGGUAGAUGUCCUAAUGUACUUUGCAAAGCUCCUACUUUGUCUUGUUGUAACCUGGCAUGCAAAAUCGGAAUUGGUGCUCGCAUUCCUCGUGUCGGCGGUCGGUGUUAAAUAAUGAAGACCCCUUGGAGAAUUCACAUAUUUAAUUAUAUACUUUAAAUAUUAGAAGGUUAAAGAUGACUUUCUUUUUUCGAUUUUUUUUGUUAAUCUCAAUAAUAUAACUUUAGUCUAGACUUUAGCAACCAUUUAGACUUUUAUAUAAUUAUAAUUUGUUUCUAGUAAAUUUAUCAGUUUUAUUAUUUAUGUAUCCCUAGAUUAUUUACGUGAUAUAAAUCAUAUUAAUAAAUAAAUAUUUAUUUAUACUAAU